AAAGGUACACGGGGGAUAACUUCCAAUGUACUCCACGAUAUUCAUCUAGCACAUUCUUUCCUUCGAUCUAAACGAAAACUAUGAUUUUUAAGCUUCAAUCAUCAAAAUGUUUUGAAAUUUACAUCUGAAUUAAUUUAUUAAAAAUCUUUAAAAAAAUUUUCUGUUUUUGUUUCGAUGGGUGAUUCUGAGGUACAGACAGAAGCAGAGCAACCACCUCCCGCGCAAAUCCCUCUGCUCAAUUCAAGCCACCAAAACGAUACCGCUCAAAACCGGCAGCAACAAGAAAUCCGAACGAGGAACGAUCUCGAUGAUUCCUUGGAAAAGUUGGAGAGGUUUUUGAGUUUCCUCGGUUUCAAUCAAUCUUCUUUGCUGAGCUUUUCUUUGUCUUGGGCGGCGUUCUCGAUGGUUGGGGUUUUGGUUCCGGUUUUAGUGCUGGAACUUUCCAAAUGCGAUGGUUGCGAGACGUACCAGAUUAAGGAUUUCGAGAUGGAUAUCGUGGCUUCUCAGGCUUGUUUGGCCGCCGUUUCUUUGUUUUGCAUUUCUUUUAAUCUCAGAAAGUACGGUAUUAGAAGGUUUCUGUUUGUUGAUCGAUACGGUGGCCAAAUGGCUCGCUUUACCAACCUCUAUGUUAAGCAGAUUUCGGAUUCGAUACACCUGCUGAUAUGGUGGUUGCUGCCCUGCUUUAUUUUGAAGACAGUGUGUGAGAUCAUCCGUAGUUUAUACGUGCAACGCAAUUCAUGGUGGAUAUCUGUUGCUAUUUUAUUAGCUUUGAUCUUGUCCUGGACUUUUGUGAGUACGAUUAGUCUAUCUGCCAGCAUCUUGUUUCAUUUAGUCUGCAACUUGCAAGUUAUUCACUUUGAUGAUUACGCAAAGCUCUUGGAAAGAGAAUUUGAUGUUCUGGUAUUAAUAGAGGAGCACAUUCGACUACGGCAUCAUCUCUCCAAGAUAAGCCAUAGGUUCAGAAUUUUUCUUCUUUUAGAGUUCUUGGUUGUCACAGCUAGCCAAUUUGUGACUCUUUUCCAGACAACUGGAUACGGUGGAAUGAUUAACUUCAUAAAUGGAGGUGAUUUUGCAGUCUCCUCAAUUGUUCAAGUUGUUGGGAUUAUUCUUUGCUUGCAUGCAGCCACAAAAAUUUCUCAUAGAGCUCAAGGAAUUGCUUCACUUGCAAGUAGAUGGCAUGCAUUGGCAACAUGCACUUCAACUGAUGAAUCCCUGAGAGGUUCGAACAGUGUCGGGAACAUGGAAGCUUUCAAUCAAUUGAACUCACUACACUUGACUUUUUCUGAAAGUGAUCUGGAGUCGGUGGAUUAUGUUGCCAUGCCUACAACCAUGCAGUUGGCUUCUUAUAUGUCUUCAUAUCACAGAAGACAAGCUUUUGGUAUGAAAAAGCUGCUCAUAUGGUCUUUGAGAAAUGUUCGGUUGCACCUUCUAACUCCAAUACUUCAUCCAAUGCUAACCACCAGAAGAUGGGUAUUCUACUUUAUGAAGUCUAUUUUACUGAUUGCCAUUUAACAAUAAUGGAUAAUCUUACUUUAUCCUUUUGGCCAAGUAAUUGGAUUUAUAUUUGCUAUGCAUCCAAGAACCAGUUUAGCAUUUAUCAAUGGUUACUUGUAGAGGGCAGGCGAGAUUUAGUUUGCAAGUCAUAUGUCCUAGUUUUGCAUUAAGUAAUAGAUCUCCUAGUUUAUCACUAGGCACAGUUAAAAACUGUUAUUUCUAUCAUAGAAGUCUUUUUUUUUAGGUUAUCCUUUUACGCUUUUUCUGUGUUUAUCUUUCUCAUGAGAAGUCUUUUAUUUGAAUUUCAUUGAGGGACAUAAGUGAUUUGAUCAAGGGUUAUGGUUGAAUAGAUUACAGCAACAUUGAGAAUGAAAAUUCUAAUCUGUUUCUCUUCUCCGGCUGCACC